AUGGAUCAAGCUGCAUUCCCACUCGCGUCAGCCACGGGAUCGAGCUCAAAAGGUCAAGAUGCAGUACAACAGCGGUGCUUCAUAGAGGUCGAACACCGUCUGGAGGAGCUCUUGAAGAUCGGAGAAUGCGAAUUGAAGUCGACUGAGGAGUGGGAGGCCGAGAACAUCCCAGUCAAUCCUGCAUUGAAGGAGGGAUUUGAACCUGGCGGUCGCUACAGCGAAGCAGUUCGCAUCAAGGACUCCCACCAAGACGUUGUCUUCAAAGUCAUGAAGAUCCUCAUACCCAAGUUCGGCAUGACGUACAAAGCACAGGACCCAGGGGCAAUUCGUGACGAAAUACUUGCUCUGAAAGCUGUCUGUGGACUUCCAGGCUUCGUAGGGUAUCAUGGUCUGAGUCUGACGUAUGGCAGAGCCCCAAUCUUUCUGCACUUUCAACGCGGACGGUGCACCGACCGAUGUCACCAGAACACGGAUUGCGAAACGGAGUUCUUUGCGAUAAUUGCGACGUCGUAUGGUGGGCGCACAGCACACUCGAUCAUUGAGGACCAAAUCCUUCAGAAAUCCCUUGUGUUCAAUCCGACCGCGAGACUCGAAGGCGUCCGCUUGCUUGCCUCUAUCCACUUAGGUGUGCUUGCUGUUCUCGCAAAUGCGGAGAGAGUAGUGGGAUACGAGAAUCAAGACUGCCACUAUAACAACGUGGUGGUCGAAGUCGAUACUCAACAAGCAACGCCUCGAGCGCCAAUUACGGCCACGGCACAGACUGGUCAUACUUCAACCACUGCCCCAGCUUCUCGGGAGGCCUUCGACUUCAAUAUCCGAGUACGACUGAUCGACCAGGGCAUGGCUCGCACUAACGCAUCUGAGGCAAAUUCCGCUUCGACAUCGUCCCCGGAGCCGGUAACAGAACAAGUGCUGCAGAGCAAUCUCAGACGCUGGUUGGCCAAAGUAGCUGGCUAUCGUGCUCUCGCUAAUAUGUUGGGUGAUCCAUGGACAAACACGAGAUCCCUCUGGGCGAACCCUUUCGACGCUCGCGCAAAGCUGGACGAGAUGACGGACCAGCAGCGGCAAAAGGCGCGUAUCUGGUGUGUCCUGUCAGCAGCCGAGGGUGUCGAAUACGAGCAAGAGGAUGGCGAGUCCACACUUUUCACGGCAACGGGCAUGCUGCAGCGGCUAGUUGACAUGGGCGUUACGACACAUGCCGAGGCGCGUCGACUUAUGGGGGAGCCACGAUAG